GUGUGUGUCUGUGAAAAAACCUAAUUAAGCUGCUUUCAUUUGCAACUUUAAAAAGUCAUAAUUUCAGCAAAUUGUUACUGCGAUCUAAUUUUUUAUAAAAAGCUUUUUUUAUUUAGCUAAAAGUGCAUGUAGCUAUUUAAGAACAUGAUUUGAAAGUCGAAUUCGAAGAGUGCAGCGCUGGAAUUACGCAAAACAUAAAUUUAAAACCGGAACAAAUAUAAUAAAACAGUGUUGAAAAUCCUCAGUACGUUCUGUUUUAUCACUACAUUGUCAAUUCAAACAAAGCCGAUUUUCAGCUGACGUUAGCUGGUAUUACCAGCCAGCUGGAACCACUCUACACCUCUCCGCUCAUUGCACCAACCGCGACUGACUAAAGAGAGCAGGUCGCCAGCAUCCAUAAAUCCAUAACCGAAAGAAAGCUGUGUGGUGGCAUACAUUCCAUCAUCAUUACCACACUACUGCGCUACUGCCGGCGCAACCGGCCUGUAGUGCAGGAUAAUCCCAACAGCGACGUUACAGCGCCGGUGUGCUAAUACACGCACUAAUAAUCUCCUGCUCUGAACUUCACCAGCGCCGAGUUAGAGGGAGCUAAUUCACGCAGUGGCCCUCGCUCAUUUGCAUGUAAUUGGCCAGCUAAUCGUAUGCGGACAGCCGUGGCUAACGGGGCAAACUGGUUGGCAGCAUACUGUCGAGCAGAACGGCACCGGAAGUGAAGUGAAUGUGUGUGUGUUGUGCGCAUGAGGCUGCCUCUCAUGUAAUACACUUGAGCUGUACGCGCGGCCACGACGCUGACCGGUAGGUGCAGUGCACUGCUGUACACGAGGUACAUGAGCCGGGACGUUCGGCUGCGAUCGACGCACCGGCAUCAGUGUGUAGUGUAGCGGCACCGCGCUGGAUUAGUGGGUAGUGUUUCCCAGUGAUAUCAUGGAUUUAAUGGAUGAUUUCCCCACGGAUGAGGAACUGGCCAAGUACCGUCAGCAUCUGGAAGAACAGUCUGUGCAGAAGCUGAAGUUGAAAUCGGCGUUGAAAAUGCCCAGCGAAGGUAUGAUGAUCCCAGCGAAUCGCAUCACGGAAAUUGGCACACCGCCACCCUCGGAGCUGCUGGUGUUGUCCCAUUCGCCGGACUCCUUGCAAAUGACCGGCACGGACACCGACCCUAGCAUGUUGAUGUUGGAUGGGCACGGGGAUACAAGCGGCUACGCCAGCAACAACAGCUCCAAGGACGACCACGAUCUGGAGCCGGUUUCCAAUAUGAUCGGCUCCAGCGACGGCGGCCAGAGCUGCAGUUGCAGUGUGUCAGUGCGCAGCAGUUCACCCGAGUCCGUCCUGUCACUGCAGUCUGGGUCAAACGGAUCACACACUGGUGCAUGGUCACUGGUCAACAUUGACGACACCGAGCCGCUCAACCCGGGGUGCGGCGCCGGCCAGUCACCGGAGGAGGCGGACCUCCAUCCCGCUCCGCCAAUCAGUGCCGUUCAACCGACGCCGACACUGCGUCGCUGCAGCCAGGAACGACUGCAGCAUCAGCAACAGCAGCAACGGUCGGCUGCUGUCAAUGAGGAUUGUGAUCUGUCAAGGCAGACCGAGCAGUCAAGCGAGACGCCCAUUGAGCGUGAGAUUCGACUGUCCAGGGAAAGGGAGGAGGAGCUGCGCCGGGAGAAAGGAUGGAUGCUUCCGGAUAAAUCACAAUUGAAACCCUUUGAAACUCGCCAGCGGCCAAAACGAAAUGAAUUAUUUAUGCAAAACAGAGUGGACGCUACUUUUGAUGAACCACCCGCCAACACCAAGUUUAUACAUAACCUGUACACGGACAAAUCCGCCACCUCCCGCACGACAUCAGCGACGUCGUCAUCCGGCAUAUCGGACAUCGAUGGCGACACUCAGCGCCGUCUGGCCACUAUACGUCUCCAGCAGGAAAUUGAAGAACAGAAACGCCGCGAACUGGACCUGCGUCGCGACGGCCGCGUAAAAUCCAUCUCCGACGAACACGCCGAUGUCGCCGACAUUCUAAGCAACGGCACAACGUCCGUUAUUGAGACGGAGCCAUCACCGACACCCGCUUCAAUGGAAUCCUUUUGCAGUACACCCGAACCCGGCUCCGAUAACAGCACCCUUCCGCGUGGCAACAUCCUCAAGCAUAAGGCGUUUUUUGAGCAGAACUCGAAGAAAGCGGACAGUCCGGCACCGGUACUGGCGCCGGUUAUGCGUUUUCGCAAUGAAUUGCAGAACGAUGUACCCGAGCAAAAGUAUGUUAAAAAUGAUAACCGGCUCCAGGAGAAUUACAAUCGAUUUGCAAGACCCGGAGGACGCAAGGAGCGCCCGGUCAGUAUGAUCCUCCCCAGCAAUGCCUCUCCUAGCGAUGAUUCCGGAAUGGCCAGUAACCCCACCUCCCCAACAUGUGCCAGUGACGCGGAAUUCAACACGCUAGAACUGCAGAAGAGCAAGAAUCAGCUGUGGUUGAUGAAGAGCGGCACCAUCAGCAACAUGAAGGUGCCAGUGAGUAUGGAGCGGUUGAUGGGUGGGGCCAAAGGAAAGGGCGCACGGGAGAGGAUGUUUAAUGGGGAUCAUACAGGGGAGUAUUUCGGUAGCAGCAAGGGGGAUGCGUAUGUCGAUUACUCGGCAGUACGCGCCAAGAUCCCUGAGGAAACGGUGAUGACCAAGAAGACUGUGUACAAGACGACGGAGAAGAAGAUCUCGGAUGAGAUGCGCGAGAUGGAAGAACGCGAACAGGAGCUAAGGCGUGUACGCACAACUCUCGGGCUAUCCGUUAUCAACGCAAAUGCAGACGAUCAAAACGGGUCAUUUCGGAACGUUCAAGUCAUUAAAAACGAACUGACGCAUCAGUCGUCCAGUGCCAGUGAUAACCCGCAGUCUGAGGACAGUGGACGGGAGAAACCAGCGCGCCGACGGACCGCCCUAGUGGCACAGUGGGAGGAGAGGAUUCAGCAGCAAGUUUAAUCGCUGUUACGUUUUUGAGUUUAUAUCACGGGCUAGUUUCAUUAUUGGCUUAUUGGUAGUACAAUGCUAAUUUAUCGGUUCUGAAAUAGAAAAGAAGGGCUUUCAUUUUUGUGCGGGUUUGUGGUUUGGUGCAUGUUAUCGGUGUUUACGCUUGAAGAUAUACAUCGGUUUAUUCAGUUCGUUCUAACAGUUUUUUCGAUAAUCGAUAACCUCAAGGUUCAGUAAAGCCGCUUUGUUCAAUAAAACUGAAAAUUUC